GCCUUGUCUGCACUGCCAUCAAUUGUGUUUCCCUGCGCAUCCUCCUCUGCCCCAACCCAUAGCUUGUUAUGCCCUUGCCGAGCCGAUUCACCCGUGUUCGGCGCUGUUUCCGACAGAUCAAUGGCCUACAUGCUCCUACUUCCUUCCUUGUUUUCCCGCUUGCUUGCUUACUCGUGUCUUGGUGCGUGACAAGCACAGCAGAGCCCUUCCCUGGCACGAACAAGUUCCAACAGGUGUGUUGCCCAGUGCGUUCGUGCUGCCUGUGGAAUUGUCGGCAACUGUGCACCCGUGUCCCGAGCGACUACUGUACUAGCCAUGUACUUUCGAUAACCAGGGACAGACCACUGGCGGAUCUGCUUUCCGUACACGGCCAACCCCAAAAAGGUGAAGGGACAUGCGAGAGAGGCUAUUCCAGCGGUGAUGAAGCAGUUCGGAAGUCCCGGCGUUGACCACCAUGACGUAAUGGCGUAGCUGAAUCCAGAUCCAAUCGUGUUGCGGAUCAGCAUUAUUGACACAAUUGUCUCUCCGG